AUGGAGGUCCGGAGUGCGCGUGCAUCCUUCCGCCACCGGGAGGAGGAGGAGCAUCAGAUGCUGAACCUGAACCGGCGCCUGGAGGCCUACCUGGGCCGGGUCCAGCUCCUGGAGGAGGAGAACGCGCUGCUCUCCGGGGAGAUCCGAGGCCUGAGGAGCAGCGGCCAGGAGGUGGAGGGGCGGAGGAGGAGGAGGGCGGGCCUGGAGGAGGAGCUGCGGCGGGCCCGGCUGGAGGUGGAGGCUGCCUGGGGGGACCGGGUCCACGCCGACGUGGAGGCCGGUAGGGCGGCGGAUGAGCUGAGAGUCCUGGAGGAGCGGAGGAGGAGGGAGGCGGAGGCCCAGGAGGAGGCCGAGAGGGAGGGGGGGCGGAGCAGGGAGGAGCUGGAGGAGGAGCGGCGGGACCAGGUCCGGCUCAGGGAGCAGGUGGGUCAGCUAGAGGACCACGUGAGGAACCUGAUCCGGACCCAUCACCAGGACGUGGCCCGCUUGGGGGCCACGGUGACCCGGUCCAGAGGGGGGGCACCGCAGGGGGCCGCUGAGGCCCACCUAGACCAGCUGGAGGACUCACUGGACCGGGCCAGGAGCCACUUGGCCCAAGUGGGUCAGGAGAAGAGCCAGAGCCGGCUGCAGCUCCGGGCCCUGGAGGAGCAGAGGGCCUCGGCUCAGACCACCAGGCGGCAGCUGGAGACCUCCGCCGCCCGGCAGGGGGACCGGCACCACCGCGAGGUCCUGCACCUGCAGGAGCACUGGGGCGGCCGCCAGGUGGACCGGCUGCUCCAGGAGAACCGGGACCUGCUGAGGCAGAAGGCGUCUCUGGGCCGCCUACAGAGCUCUGCUGGGCAGCGAAGGCCUCGGGGGGGUCCCCCCCCCGUCGGAUCGGCCCAGAGGCAUCUCCACCUCAGGACCGCCUCCCUCGCAUGGACCGCCUCCCUCGCAUGGACCGCCUCCCUCGCAUGGACCGCCUCCCUCGCAUCCGCCCCGACGGCGGCGCCGGCGCCCGGCAGCCCGACCCCCGUCCCGGAGAUCUCCUCCGACACGACGGAGUCGGCCGACCCCCAAACGCUGCCGGACGGAGGCGAGCAGCGGUCCGGAGCGCCGGAGCUUCAGGAGGAAGUCGUCCACGCCGACCGGAACCGCGGCGCCGUGGACCUCCGGCCGGGGGUCGGCUCUCAGGCGGAGCCGCCCGGCGCCGAUGAAGAGGGCCGGCGCCGGUUCACAACGCCACGGCCGACGAUGACCGAGGAGCGCUCAGACGAGUCCGAUGUGGACGUCCCGCUUGAAGAAUCGGUGGCGAGAGAAGACGAGCAGGAGGCGCCAGAGGAAGAGUUCAGAGGAGAAGACGAAGAGCGAGAGGAACCGCCGGGUUCUGAAACCGAGCCGGGGGCCAGCAGACGGUCCGAAGAGAGCUCCGCCCACAAAGAGACCGACCGCAGCCCCGAUGGAAGCCCGAUGGAGGAGGAGGAGGAGGAGGAGGAGGAGGAGCAGACGAGGCGCUCCGUGGUGGGGACCCAUGAGACGGGUGUGGAGGAUCAGUUGUACCCGGAUGGAGAAGACAUGGACACGUGGGACCGCGUGAUGAAGAGGAGGGUCCACGCCGACCCGGAGGAAGACGUCUCCGCCAGAGAGACGAAGCACGAAGAGAGAGACGCUCGGUCCGACUCGGGCGCAGCGCCGGACCGCGGGGCGGUCGACCGACAGAGCGCCGCCGAAGAGGAAGACGUCGAUGAGGAGGAGGAGGAGGAGGAUUCUCAGAGCGUGUCGCUGUCGUUUGGGACAGAGGGCGACGGCUCCGCCCAGGACGACACGCUCGCCGACACGCGGCCGCUGAUCCGGUACAAGAGCGACGACAACGAGGACCCGGAGAAGAGGUCCGGAGAGACGGGAGCGUGGAGCGAGGCCCGGUCCAAGAGGUCCGGGACCAUGGAGGGUCUGUGCGAGGAAGGCGGAGCGCUGGACGAAGAGUACGACCUUGGGUCCACUCAGGAGGGCAGGGCGGCCGGCCCCGACGAGGAGGAGGAGGAGGAGCUAGAGGAGUUAGCCACCGACAGCUACGGCGCUCACAAGUCUGUCGGGGAGGAGGCGGAGCCAGAGGAGGCUGGGAGGCCACGUUCAGACCGACCUUACGAAGACCUGCGUGACGCUCUGGAGGAUGAGGAGGUCCGGCAUAAAGAUCAGGAGGCGACCGAUGAGCAGGAGGAGGAGGAGCAGGAGGAGGAGGAGGAGCAGGAGGAGGAGGAGCAGGAGCAGGAGGAGGAGCAGGAGCAGGAGGAGGAGCACGAUGUCCCAGGAGAUCCCUCUCGCUGCGCUGACUUCCUCAGCCGGUCCGAUGUGGAAGGAACCAACGACUCAGAGGGUCCGGACUCCGGGGUGCAGGACCAGGAAGGCCUGCAGGGGGCGCCGAGUGCAUCUCGAGGGCGUCUGGUCGAGGAGGUCUCCGACCCAGAAGAGCGGGAAGUCCUGGAGACGCCGAGAGACGACGCCGGAUCCAGAGAUCAGAGAGAAGAAGACGAGGAACGCUCCAAUGAGCUGGAAGCAGCGGGGCAAACCAACCGGGAUCUCGUGUGGGGGAACUCGGAAAACGACGCGGCGAACUCCAGGGCGAAGACGACGGAGAGGGAGCAGGGGGCGUGUCGCAAGGCCGUGGAGGCGGAGCUUGUUUGCUCCGACGUCGAACGCGAGCCGUUUGAGUCCGACGCUCGCGUCUCAUUGGCCGAGAGCCGGCCCAGUCCUGAAUAA